UCUGCGUCUUCCAAAGAAACACAGAAAAGCACUGCAGUGAAGGGAUCCAGCCAGUGCCGUUCUUCCUCUGGCUACAGGAUGACAACGGAGAAUUACAAGAAACUAGCUCCAUAUAAUGUCAAACAAAGGUCAGUGGACUUGGAUGAGGAGGAUGUCCCUUUUACUCCAGAUGAACAUAAAAAGAGGACAGAGGCGGCCAACAGUGUCCUGAGGCGCACGGCGAGCAGGGAACGGGCUUACGUCCUCUCGGCAGCCAAGAAAAGCAAUGGCAGCCCAACACAAGAAUUCCCACCCUUGUUUGCCAAGAGAAUUGAGAUAGAAGAAGAAGAAGGACAGCAGAGGAGGAGUUCCACCGUGUCCGAUUCAUGCAAGUUUACACCAGAUGGCAACAGUAUUAAGGGAAGAAACACAGUUGCAUCUUCCCAGAAUGAGCAAAGAACAAAAGCAAUGUCUCCCACCAGCACUGAAAUGGGUAGUAGGAGCCAAACGACCACAUCCUUGAGUGAAACAUCAGAGAAAAUCUCCACUCAUCCUGAAAUCAGAAAUGGUGAAAACAGACAGACCGCUAAUGGGAAUUUCUCCUCUGAAAUUGGAUCACAGCAUGGGGACAGUGUCAAAUCUCUUAAGGAAAAGCCUGAAUUGUCCUCCUGGAAUGAAAUGGCCUCCAGAGCAACCAUGGUUUCCACGGAUGGAAGUUACCCAGAAAACACAGAAGCCAAGAAUGGAUUCUACCUGCCAAAGCCCAGCUCUGGUUGCGGAGACAAAAUUGCGGAUGCUACAGCUGAGCUGCACUGUCAGUAUGAGACCUCUCCGUACCUGGAUGAUGCAAAGCCUGAAUCUGCAAGGUCAGGGACUGAUGCUGGUGUUUGUGGUGCUGCUAGCAAGCACACGUGUGGGCAGGAGAAUAAGGAGUUCAUCUACCACGGAAUUAGAAGUAGAAUCCAAAUUGUGUCUAGUGUUCCCUGUCCUCCCACUGACAGAUCUCCUGUGCACCUAGAGGACACACAAAAUUACUUUGAAAGGUCUGCCCAAGGUUACAAAGAGGAGGACACCCCUAGGGAAAAGGGGCCUCAGAGCACACAGGACACAGAAGAGCAUAAACCAGAGCUGCACCCAGGAGGGUUUUCUGACUCAAGUAACCAUACUGAGAAGCGAGAAGAACCUCCUAACCAUGACACCCACCCAGAGUCUCCUAGGUCAAAGGAAAACUCUAAGUUUGAAGAGAGCGUGGCUAAAGCCAGGACAUAUCCCAAGGAUGGUGCCAGCAGGAGCAUGGACGUUAACAAGGAGAUCUUGCCCUGUGUGCAGAGUGAAGAAGCUGAUUCAAGAAGGGUCACACCAGCUUAUGAAGAACAAAUCUCUUCCCCCAGGGAGAGUCACCAUGAGAGCCUGGGAGCCCCCAGACACAGUGAACCCAUCCCAAUGGCUGCAAGGUCUAACCUCAGCUCUAGAGAGAGCGCGCUGAGUGCGUAUGAGACCCAACAUCCCAUGCCACAGUAUGUGGACCGCCAGCCUUACAACAGCAGCAUGUCACCACCCAGUCACAGGAUGCCAGCCUACGCUGCCAGCCAAGUAUUCAGCACUCAAAGACUUAUCCUGGAUUACAGAGGGACAGUUUAUGAUGGGAGAAGCAGGCCAAGCAACAGCAGAUAUGAGAGUGCUAGUGCUAGGGGGCACUGGGAAUUUAAUUGUGUCACUUCCUUUCCUAGCCACUACUCCCUUCCCAGAGAUACCACCAUGUCCAUUCCCCAGAGAAGCCACAGGGUGCCAUUCUACAUGGACAGCUCAGACUAUAACAGCACCAGGCUUCUCUCAAGUUCAAGCGAGAGGAUCUCCACUCCAGCUGCCACCUUGCAGCACGGCAGCCCGGCAGCCUCUGGGUACGGGCUCGACCCCGGCGCCGCUGGAAAGGGGAUCCUCUUUGUGAAGGAGUAUGUGAACAGCAGCGAGUUAUCGUCCUCCCCACGCUAUGGCAGUGGCAGCCUUGUCGAUUUGACCAAUUUGGACAGAGCAACCUCCAGUCACCACAGCUACUUGUCCAGCUCCCCCCUGCCGAGGUCCCCCGAGGCUGUUUGCAGUUACUGUGGCCGUGAGAUCCGCGACUGCCCCAAGAUCAUCAUAGAGCACCUGAACAUCUGCUGCCACGAGUACUGUUUCAGGUGUGGAAUUUGCCACAAAGCAAUGGGAGACCUUCUGGAUAAAAUAUUCAUCCACCGGGACAUUGUCCACUGUGACAAGUGCUAUGAGAAGCUCUUCUAGGGUUUUGCAAAGCUGAGACGGCAGCCAGUGGAAAGUCCUCAGCAGCACAUAUCAGAACGUAUCUAGCAGUUUCUGACUGGCUAAGAUAGCAAUGUUCCUGCUCCCCCCUUGCUCGAGUU